UGUGGUUCGACCAUUUCGUACACGGCAGUUGCGAAAUGCAGUGAGUUUUCUCGCAAAACAAUGUUUUUCCUUAUUGUCAGUGUUUCCUGAGGAUGUCAGGUAUUUUCAGAAGGCAGUUGUCGUCGGAACGCACUAAAACCAAAGUUUGGGGCCCAUUAACAAGGAGCCAUAUUGAGGUCUUUAAGAAAUUUGAAGAUUCAGAUGGACAUUUGCCAAUAAAGCAACUUCGAGAUGCCUGCAAUGCCAUCAAUCUCUACCCAUCAACGUCACAGUUGCAUGAGAUGUUACUGUGUGCGGUGGAGUAUGGUAGUCCAUGUAAACCAGAGUGCAUCACCUUCGGGGAGUUUUGUGUCCUGGUCACAGAGUUACAGAAUUACUACAGACUCAACCCCAAGCCCCCAGUGCCAUGCAGUCUGAUCCGUGUUCGAUCUGAGGCCCAUUUUCACCGUAGAAAGAGAAGAGAGAGUCUUGCACAUUUUGCAGUAUUUCUUGGUGGAUCGUGCAACCCAACAAAGUGGCGAGCGGAAAUUGCCAUUCCAUACUUCAAGGAACAUGGAAUAACAUUUUAUAACCCUCAGGUUCAAAACUGGAAACCAGAGCUGAUGGAACUGGAAGCCCAGGCUAAACAGAUGGCUGACAUUUUGUUUUUUGUGAUAGACAGUAAAACACGAGCCAUCUCCUCGAUGAUUGAAGUAGCCUAUCUUGUUGCGACCAACAAGCAAGUGGUUGUGACAAUGUGUGAAUUCAAGACUCCGUGUAUAGAGGUCGAAGGUCAAACACUUUCAGACAGCUUUAGGGUUUUACAGAGGUGUGAUAGUGUGCCAGACCCAUGUGAGAUGCUAGAUCUUAUCAAGGGACGUCUUAUUCUCACCGAUCUUGUGGAGCGCAACUCAGUCCCCAUAUUUGCCGAUAUCCACAAGGCUCUCCGAUGUACCAACACAAUUGUCACCACGGGUUGCAAUGUGAAGGAGCUGACAUUGGCAGAUGGGGCACGUCCGGUAAAACAUGGCCAUCUCAAGCUUGGGAGAGCUCUGCUAGAGCUGCGAGAGGCAUUCAACUCGGUAGACAGUGAAGACUUUGGCUGGCUGUCUAGUGAUGAUGUGUGUUUUGCCUACAAGACUUGUACUGGGGAAGAGAUGGACUCUCGCUGGUUAAGACAGCGGCGGAAAAACCAGGACGACUUUGAUUACGAGGAAUUCUGUGCCAUUGUCACGGAGUAUAGAGCUCAGCAACACAAUCAGACUAUUUUACAGAAAAUACUGAAUGUGCUGUGGCAUCCCCUCAGAUGGUUGUCUGCAAAGUUCAAUGAGCCUUUUGAGGCUGAAGAGUUUAACUCUGACGAGGAAUAUCGUGAUGUCUACCUCGGGGGAAGCUUUGGAGACUCUCAGUGGAGGUCUGAAAUAGCCAUACCAACUCUCAGGAAGCAUGGCUUAUCGUAUGUGGACCCCUCCUUACACGACUGGGAUCAGAAGCUUAUCCCGAUACAUGUCGCACUCAGGGAAAAGUGCCGUCUGCUAUUCUAUAACACUGCCAAAGAUAGGCGCUCACUAGGCUCCAUGUGUGAGGCUGGUUACUACAUCGGGAAGGGGUGUAGGAUGGUGAUCUGUGUGGAAAAGAUCCCCGACAAUGCUAGCAUGAAUGGUGAACAGUUAUCCCCCUGUGCCAUCAAGGACUACAACCGAGGUCGGGACUACCUGUGUGACCUCGCUAGUCGUGAGGGUGUCCCCCUCUUCGACAACAUCCUUGAGGCCACUAACUGUGUGGUUGCUAUGCUGACUGAUGUCAUGCCAUCACACCCAAUGCAUGCUACUCCGACCUUAUGCAGCUCCAGAUCAAGUAGCCAAUUGAAAUGUUGAGGCUUUCAUGACUGACACAUACAAAAGUACCACCAGCAUGUGUGGAGUCAAUCUGGUUGGAUGUGUAGUUUGUCUGGUGGUUACUCCACUGACCAUUGUCUAUUCAUCCCAUCAGAUCUUGUCUACUGAGUCAUCAUGCAGCUCUAGAGCAAGUAGCCACAAGAGCGCAUGUAAUAGUGAAGUUCUACUGACUUAGUAAUGGGUCAAGAGAAAAGCUACUCUACACUCAAUAGACCAAUGAUUGAUGAGUCAUAUCAUCAGCUGCUCAUCUUCAUGCAGCAUGUCAAGGCUGAAAUAACAGCAAUGACAAGGUUUUUCUGUUGAAGGACUUAACAUGUGGGGUAAAGAAGAGACCACCGAAUGUGUGGUCACUCAACUGACCACUGUCCAGUUCUCGCCUUAGCUGCUUGUUAUAAGAAUUCAUACCGCUGUAGAGAAAAUUAUUUUUAAAUGUUAUACAUGAACUAAGUACACUGUUGAAAAUGUCACCUAGGUACAAAAUCACUCCUAGGACAUUCAUGGCCAUCAGCAGAAAGUAGUGCAUACAUUUUUGAGUGGUGUUGCAUGUAGUGCUCAAUUGAGUUAUUGUGAAUAUUCCCAUUGCCCACCAUCCGGUGUCUGUCUGGUGUCUGUCAAGCAUCCAUCAAUCAACAAUUGAUCGAACGACAUGUCUUCCUAAACCACCAACUUUAGGGAUGUUCCUUGGAUGGUGCCCUUUCAAGUUGGUUCAAAGAAAUUAUUUCCAUGCAGAACUCUGGUUGCCAUGGCAACUAAAAAUAAAAAUCUUCUUGACAUAAAACAUGAGGCCUAGAGCUUAGAGAGUUGGUGUGUAACAUUUUCUAGUGGUCAUCUACCAAGUUUGUUCAAAUAAUGCCCCUGGGGUCCAAAGUGGUCCUGCCGCGGGGGUCACAAGUUUCUUUCAGAAUUAUAUGGGGAAAUCAUUGAAAAUCUUCUUAUUUGAAACUGCAAGGCCCAGACCGUUGAAAUUUUGUAUGAAGCACCAUAUAGUAGUCUUCUAUCAAGUUUGUUCAAAUUACCCCCCGGAGGGUUACAAUACCCUAUAGAUCUAUAUAAGACAAACUUUGAAAAUUAUCUUGUCUAAAACUGCUUGGCCCAGACCCUAGGAUAAGCUAUACUGUGACAUUUUGACCUACUUUAUGAUUUUUGAAGCUUCAGCAAUAAAAUUUGGACCGGGUGUACAGUUUUGAAAACAAAUAUCAAUAAUGUGCUUGGAUGACCUUAACCACUGCAACAUUUGACAAUACUAGAUCAUAGUUUAAUUCUUAGUUGCAUUGUUGCAUUGCCAUAAACCAACAAACUCAUUCAUGUGAGCGAUUAAGGACCCUCAUGGGCCUCUUGUUUGAACAUGUCACAUAGUGCAUGCUUAAAUCUUAAGGGAACAUUUGAUUGGUAAAAACAUGCUGAUCGCUACUUACAUCCCACUUCCUCUUUAGACUGAUAAAUAAGACUGCUAAGUUAUGGAUGGAAAAGCUGAAUAUAUCCAUGAAAUGUUUGUAUCUGAAUCCUUAUACAUGUAUUGUUAAUUGAUACAAAUCAUACAAUCAUUUGCAGAAAAAGCUCAUUAAUUCUUCAUCAUUAGACAAUGUAAUGUAAGAAUUACUACCCGUAAUCUACUUCAUCUAUUCAAAGAUUUUUUUGUUUUUCAUAAAAGAUUUUGAUCCUAAGCUAGUACAUACACUAAUGUCUUAGUACAUAUUGUAUGUCACAGUACAGAUACACAAAUGUACUAUUGUCACAGUACAGACACUAAUCACUGACUUACAACAUUCCAGCAUGUUAUCUCAGGUGUACUGGUGUAAUACUCCAUAUUUUUGUGUGAACUGUUAUAUAUAACUAGUUGUACAUGUUUGAAAUAUAACUUUAAACAGUUAGAUUUGCUAGUCAUAGAUGUUUAUUUAGAAUAUAGUGGAUACUUGUAUUUUUUCAGAGUAUGAUAGCUAUAUAUUUAACCAAGUGAGUCCCAAAAGUUAUAUUACAGGAGUGGUUUGUAACGAAAUGUUACCUUUGUUGUUCAUUAGGUUAACACUGAAACAAACAAAAACUUUUUUAUUUCAUGCUUAUAAUACAUGUACAUGAAAAUUAAUUAAAAAUUGAUAUUUAAUUGGAACAUUGCACCAAAUUUAAGCCAAAUGACGUCAUACCAGAAAUGAUGCCAUUGAUUUUAUGCCCAACACUGUGUGCAUUCAUAUUUUAACUGUGAAAUGGUCUAAAAUGAGAAAAACAGUGAAAUUGUAUUUGGAUAAACUCAUUGUUUCAUACGAUAAAUUUAUCAGGAUAAAAUCCACCUUUACCUUUCAUUAAACCACUGGAAAGCAUGAAAGAAAUGGUGUUAACGGUAGCCCAUUUCAAUAAAGAUCUAAGUAGAAUAUAUAGUCGGAAGUUGAAAUUAUGUGUCAUAUUUGUGUUAUUUUGUUCAUAUCAGUGUGAAUGGAACUUAAGCCAGUACUAAAAAUGAACAUCAAGUUAUUGAAAAAAAAUGACGUUGCUGACAUCUUUUAUGUUUCUACUGAUGUAAGACUAACGAAGUUAGGACUGAGAUCAUUUACUGAAACGGGCCAUUGGACAUAACUUGUUUGUAUGCAAAUUUGUUUCUGCAUGAAAUUAACUGGUGAAUUUGUUAUUAUGAAAUCUUGUGCGUCCAUUAUCGUAUAACCAGAAUUUUAUAUAUAAUGCAUAACUGAUUUUCAUAAAAUACUGUAUACGCUUUUUACUUCUUUAUUGGAUCACUUUUCAAGUAUAAGUGUUUAUAACUGCUGCUGAUAUUGCUAAUCAUAUGUAAAUACAAAAUGUAUGCCAUACAUACAAGUAAUAUACAUAGUAAUCUAGUUUUUAUCGGGCCCCAGUAUCACAAAAAUACUUAAGUCAGAUAUCAAUCUCAGACUCAACUCAUUUUACCACAUAACAUAAAAGUUAUUGAAAAUUGUGUAUGUUUUGACACCCUUUUAAAUGCUCAUUCUCUCAUAGAAUGUGUAAAUAAGAAACAUUGGUCAAUAUGAAGAAGAAAUACAAUUCUAUAGCAUAAAAUGUUAUUGUUGUACAACUCAAGGUUUUUUACUCAAGUAUACUGAUUUAUACUCAAGUAUACUUUUUGCUCUAGACUAAGUUUUCUUCGAUUUAUUGACAGAAGUUUUUUAAUAACACAUUCUAUGAGAAAAUAUGUCAGAUUUUGAAUCAUACUAUGCUUUUAUUUGGUAAAAUGAGGUGAGACUGAGAUUGAGAUUUGACUUGAGUAUUUGUUGUGAUAUUAGGGCCUUGUGUUUGUCUCAUUACUUGAUGUUAUUAUAAUGUACAUGUACAAUGAUAGCCAAGAUAAAAUGUUUUACCUAUUGGUAAGGCAAUAUUUUAAAUAGUGCUUUGCUGUCAAUUCUAGAAUUGUUAUGCAAGUUUUUAGUGUUAAUAAAUUUCUUUUCUUGA